AUGCGUUAUGCUGUCCUUGUUACAGGUCCAGCAGGGGCUGGAAAAUCGACGUUUACUGGCGCAUUUCUCAAUCACCUGCGGCUUUCGAAACGGACUGCACACCUCGUCAAUCUGGACCCCGCCGCAUCGCCUACAAGCUUCGAGGUCGAGCCGGUCAUUGACAUCAAGGAUCUGGUCAGUUUAGAGGACGUAAUGAGCGAACUCGAGUACGGUCCGAAUGGUGGUUUGGUGUACUGCUUUGAAUAUCUGCUCGAGAAUAUGGACUGGCUGGAAGAGGAACUUGGCGGCUAUGAUGAUGACUAUCUCAUUUUUGACUGUCCUGGUCAAAUCGAGCUUUACACUCAUCAUCCCUUCCUGCCGACUCUUGUCCAAAACCUUGUCAGGAUGGGAAUACGCGUCUGUGCCGCGUAUCUCAUUGAAUCCCAAUUCAUGGAGGACCGCUACAAGUUCUUCAGCGGUGUGCUGUCCGCGAUGUCGGCAAUGGUCAACCUCGAAAUCCCAUGGAUAAAUGUCAUGUCCAAGAUGGAUUUGGUAACAAAAAGCACGGAUGACGAGUCAGGAGGAGCGAGGAAUGGCAUACGACACCGGAAAGACAUUGCGAGGUAUUUGGACCCUGACCCUUUACUACUUGCCACCCGAAGAGGCGAAGAAGGAAAUGUCUCGAAUCCCCGAUUCCACGCCCUGAAUCAAGCCGUAGUUCAACUAAUAGAGGAUCAUCCCCUUGUGUCUUUCCUCCCGCUUGAUCUGACCAACCCUGAUUCGUUGGAGACGGUGAUAAGCCAUAUCGACUACACGAUGCAGUACGGAGAAGACGAGGAACCCAAAGAGCCUCAUGAUCUGGACGAAGGGGACUUCCAGGACAUGGAGUGA